AUGAGUAAUUUAUCAUUUAAGAAAAUUUUGUCUAUUCAAUCAAAUGUUUCUUCGGGAUAUUGUGGAAAUCGAUGUGCAACAUUUCCGUUACAGCUUUUGGGAUUUGAGGUGUCAACUAUUCAUACAGUUCAAUUUUCUAAUCAUACGGGUUAUGGACGUUGGCGUGGUCAAGUGUUUAAAGGUCAACAUAUAAUGGAUCUUUUUGAAGGGUUAAAGGAGAAUGGUUUUACUAAGGAAUUUGAUUUUUUAUUGACAGGUUAUGUGCGUGGAAAAGAAGGAAUUGAAACAAUUACAAAUAUUAUAAAAGAUUUAAAAACAACGAAUCCAGAGAUUGGAUGGUUGUUGGAUCCAGUACUUGGGGAUGAACGAGGUUUUUAUGUUAGUCCUGAUGUUAUUCCUACAUAUAAACAACUUAUUCCUAUGAGCGAUUUGAUUACACCUAAUCAAUUUGAAGCAGAAUUACUUUCUGGUCAGAAAAUUACAUCAAUCGAAAGUCUAAUGAUUUGUUUGGAACGUUUACAUAAAAAUCAUACACUUAAACAUGUUGUAAUCACAUCGGUUCAAUUCGAUAAUGACAAAGAGCACUUAUAUGUUAUUGGGUCAUCUUGUAAAUCAGAUUAUACACCUCGUGCUGUUAAAAUAACGGUUCCCUAUUAUAAACAAGUCUUUUCGGGGGUUGGGGAUUUGUUUUCAGCACUCCUUCUUGGUCGACUUAAUAAUGAUAUUAAAUUAUUUCCAUCAGAUGAAAUUCCUGCAACUAGUCUCCCUCUUACUAUUGCUCUUGAAAUUGUAGUUUCAUCUGUGCAGUUAGUUAUACGAAAUACACUUAAGUCAAUUCAGGAUGCUUCUGUUGAUCAAGAUAAAUUAUCAAAAGUAGAAAUGGCUAAAUUAAGUGAAUUGCGUAUUAUUCAGUCUCAAGAUUGCUUGAAAAAUCCUAGUAUUGAAUUUAAAGCUGUUGUUUUAUCAUAA